UGCCAGGCAGAGGCUUGGAACGCUUUAUGUGGUAACGCGAGACUACAGAUGCUUGUUUGUCGGAGCUGCUACAGCUUGUCAGACUAGGAAGCAAGAUGACUCCGAUGAUGGCUUUGAAAAGAGUGUCCUGGGUUUUGUUAUUUGUCACGCAGAUGCAUGUGUUCUCCGGCCGCGGUUCCCUGAGUUUUGAGUACUCCCAGCCAGUAGCUCAACCCCUAAAAGACAGUUUUCCAUCUUCUACAACUGCAACAAGUACCAAAGCACCAGCCACAAAGAUGCCAGAUUAUAUGGAAAAAUGCCCAAGCAAUGGACAAUGCAGCAGACUGCCUUCAGAUUGUAUGACCUGCGCUACAAACUACUCCUGCAUUUAUGGAAAGCCUGUGACAUUUAACUGUACUGCUAAAAAUGGCGUUGUCUGUUUUGAUGAAAACAGCCAACGCCUGGAAUAUUUUACCAUUAGCAUGACUUGUCAGUUUUGCUGGCAGCUUCCCCCUUCAGAUUAUGUGUGUAACCUUUCCAGUAGCUGCAAGACCGUCUCCUGCCCCAGGCAACGCUACAACACUAAUUGUACAGUACUGGAUCAUGUUCAUUGCUUAGGUAAUCGGACGUUUCCAAAGAUGCUUUAUUGCAAUUGGACAGGAGGAUACAAGUGGUCGACUGCGCUAGCUUUAAGCAUUACUCUUGGUGGCUUCGGGGCAGAUCGUUUUUAUCUAGGACAGUGGAGAGAAGGACUUGGAAAGCUCUUCAGUUUUGGCGGCCUAGGAAUCUGGACUCUUAUUGAUGUCUUCUUAAUCAUUGUGGGAUAUGUCGGUCCUGCAGAUGGUUCCCUUUAUAUAUAAAUGAUUAUUCACUGCUAAUAAGCAUGGAAAUUUGCCAUUCAGAACACUAAGAGUUAUGGCACACAGGUGUUUUGGAUUGCUAAAAAAGCAGUUAAUGUCCCGAUCAGCAACUGCUCCAAUCCUUCCUGUGGCAAUCCAAAACAUUGUUUACCAUGAAUUUCUUUUUUGUUCUGCUUGUGUAUUUUUAUUGUAUGGUAUCUGUACUUGAUCUGCCUUUUCAUUAAGGUAAACUACAAGGUCUUUUUUUUUUUUUUUUUUUUUUUUUUCCCCACGAUUUACUUUAUCCUUUUUUUUCUGUGAAAAAAGAUACUAUAUAAUUUUACUUGUUUAAUACAUAGUUCAAUUGAUUUGUACUGUAUUUGAAACUGUUAGAAACUGAUAGCCCAGACAGAGGACUCAGACUUCUGCGUACCCCAUGAAAUCUUAGAAAAUCCUUGGAGAAUACAAAGAAUGCAUGGAUAAACUAUCGAAGCAUGCUGUGGCAUAAUUUGGGGCAUGGCUUGGCAUUAUUUAUGGCACGGGAAGUUGGAAGUAUUCACAACUAUGAGGGGGUCGUUCUUGUAUUAGAAAAACAUUAACAUUGUUUCAUAAUAUAUAUUCUACUGUAUUAAGUGCAAGUGGCAAGAGAAAAAUGUGUUAAGUGUGCCUUUUAAGGCCGUCCUAUCCCAAAAAAUGAAUUUCUGUAAACUUAUUUUAAGCUCUUUUGAAUUUACAUUAAUAGCAGACUUUCAGCUCAACAGCUUCUGUGAAGACCCAAAGUGUCAGAAACCGUAAGUGUCCAGGCACUUUCUAUGUGCUUCUGUAUUCAUGUAACCCUCAGCCUAGUAUUUGCAUUCCAAAAAUGCUAUAAACUAAUGAAAAAACAUUCGAAAAUGAAUCUCAAUUGCAAUAGUGCUCAGUGACACACCCUGUGUAAGUUUAAAUAUUACAAAAAUGGACACCUUUUCGGCACCAGUUUUUUUUUUCCUUCUGUCAUAGAGGAAACCAGAGGCAUAGAUUCUACAGCGCUGGCAGUCAGAUAUAUGAAAAUCGGUGCAGUAGAUUUUACGAUCUGCAGCAAGCAAGCAUUUAAUUAUCUGCUUUUGUUUUUCUUUCCACAUGUCAAAUAAUAUUAAUAAAAGCUAAAAUAAUAUUUAUUUCAAUUUUAA